AUUAUAUCUUAAGAGUUUUAUCCUUUUAUGAUUUAUUACCGAUUGGGUAAGCUUUGAGCGUUGUCGUUUUAUACAUAAUGGCAACUGUGAGCGUCGAACAGGGAAAAUUGAAAGGAGGUUUAGCAACAACAGAAAGCGGUGUGCAGUAUUAUGAGUUCUUGUGUGUUCCGUACGCGAAACCUCCAACUGGAAAAUUAAGAUUUAAGAGUCCACAACAACCAGAGCCAUGGAACGAAGAGAGAGACGCGACGAAAUCAAACGAAAAGAACAUCGCUAUACAACUCGACCUAAGGACCGGGGGAAUAAAAGGGUCCGAGGAUUGCCUCUAUUUGAACGUAUACACCCCCAAAAUUCCAGGAAACCAGACGGAGUUACUUCCGGUUAUGUUCUUCAUCCACGGAGGAGGCUUUGUCGGUGGCAACGGUAUCGUGAAAGAUGAGCUGGGACCAGACUAUUUAGUCGAAAACGACGUAGUCGUAGUGACCAUUAACUACAGAUUGAAUAUUUUUGGAUUCCUGUCCUUGGACAUCCCGGAAGCAUCUGGCAACAUGGGCCUCAAAGACCAGGUUCAAGCGUUGAAAUGGGUGCAGAAGAAUAUUCAGCAAUUCGGUGGCGACAGCAAUAAUGUGACUAUCUUUGGUAUCAGCGCGGGUUCGGCUUCCGUGGAAUAUCUCCUUUUAUCCCCCUUAAGCGAAGGUCUCUUCCACAAGGCUAUACUCCAAUCUGGCUCCACUAUCAACCACUGGGCAAGCAACUACGAACCGAGAAAACUACUCGACUCUUUCCUCAAAGAAAUGAGAUACAAAGGUUCCGAGAACGAGAAAGAUAUUCACGAGUUCCUUUUGAAAGCCCCAGCUGAAGAACUGGUAGAUGUUUCGCGAAAGGUAACCGCUGAAUUCAAAAAAGAUAGACUAUUCCCUGGAUUCACUCCGACUAUUGAGAAAGAUUUGGGCACAGGAGACGCCUUCUUGACUGAACUUCCCUAUAAGCUGCUAAAAGCGGGUAAAUUCCACCGAGUCCCGGUGAUAAAAGGUUUCUGUAACAAGGAGGGAUACCUUACUUGCUUCAUCCAGCCAGAAGCCAUGUUGGAUGUUAUAAAAAACAAGCAAUUUCACAAGCAUUUCGCUUUCGACAUAGAAGAGGAGGACAGAAAAAAAUUGUGUGCCGAAUUGCAACAUGCUUACGUCGCGUCUGAAGCGAACCCGAAUAAAAUUGGCGAAGACUUCUUCGGGGAUUUAGAUUUCAUAGCCGGGAUUUGGAUAAGCGGCAGGAUUAUGGCGGAUUUGGGAAAUCCAGUUUAUUUCUACGAGUUGAGUUACGAUGGGAAUAUUAACUUAUUGAAACGUCUGUUCGGUAUUAUGAAAGAGGGCGCGGCGCAUGGAGAUGAUGGUGGCUACAUUUUCAAACACAUUGACGUUUCCAAAUUCGCCGAAGAGAAGGACAUCGCAGUUAGGGCUAAUGUCACAAAAAUGUGGACUAAUUUUGCUAAAACGGGUGUACCAACAACGAAGGAUUCUGUGAUCGAAUGGCCUGCGUAUACAGCUUCAACACCGGUCUAUCUCAAUAUUGAUGAAAACCUCUCCAUCAAGUCCAACUACGAACCAAAGAAAAUAGCAGCAUUCCAAGUAAUUUACGACAAAUAUGGAAAGUAGUAUCUGAAAUAUUAAAAAGAACGCCGAUGCCGUGAUAAAAUUAUUAAAAAGAAAAAAAUCUGGCCGUUUGCUUACGAAGAUCCCGAUAGAUGGCGUUUAUAAAAUAACUAAAAAAAUAAUAUUAUUGUUGUGUACUUUAAAACA